CCGAAAUUAUCAACUCAUAAAACUCAAAGAAUGAUUCCCUUUUCCUUAAAUAGAUUGUCUAGAACAUAAGUACUAAGUAAGUAUCCUAGAGGUCGCUCAAUACGGAGAGAUAAGGAUUCGUCAUGAAAACACUCAUUCUUUCUGCUAUUUGUCUGACCCCAUUUUUGAGCAUCUUCCUUGCUGCGGUGCUACCGGAAACGACUCAUCACGUGACUACAAAACACGUUACUACAACCCCGAGGCCAACCCCGGAAAGAUAUGAGCAAACCAACAACUUCUACCUGUACGACAGGGACAGUAAAUUGAUGUUUGAAUUAUAUGACGCGGGGUAUUACGUACAACUACUAUUGAGGGAGCUUGAAUAUUACAGCCACCGAAACUAUGCUAUGUGUACUCACACUAAUGGUAAUCCACCGAACACGACUUUCUUUAUGGUGUAUCCCAAACCCGACAAAUAAAAUGCAGGUUCAAGGAGAAUGUAAAUAAAAUGUUCACACCAAUUGUAAAAUGCAUUUGUGUUAGAUUUUGUAUG